AUGUCAUCUGGAGGCACACAAUCACCACCUCUUGAAUAUACAGGCUCGCAUAUCCCUAUGGGGGUUUCUUCCAUCGAUGGUAGUGUCUCGGAGCCGAUGUUGGAUGCGGAACAACGAAAGACCUACUUUGCUGAGCCGGAGUUGAAAGAACGUGGAGGUACUAAGGAGACAGGGAAAGAGCAGAGAAAGGAAUUGGAGAAGGAGAAACAGUGA